AAAAUCAACAAUGAGAAUUCCAACAUCUUCAUGACUGUAAUCCACGUAAUGAAACCAAAACCAAAAGAAGAAAAAAAACAAAACGUUUUGUUUCUCUCAUGUUUUCCGUCAUUAUUUGUCACUUUGAUUCUAUGAAUGAGACCCCAAGAUUUUGUUUGUUUUCUUUAAUAUCCAAUGCUCCAUCUCUCUCUCUCUCUCUCUCUCUCUCUCCUCUGAAGAAAGAAGCUUGUUGUCUGUAGGUCAUCAAGUUCAAUGAUCAGAGAGCUUGGAAGAAGAGGUUACAGCUUUGUUAAUGGAAUCCUUGAACAUGUUAAACUGUCGCCGAACAUAGCCAAAACGGUGAAGGGGAAGCUGUGGUUGGGGACAAAACUUUUACAGUUUGGAGGAAGUGAGAAUAUAUUCCACAAGAUGUUCAAUCUCGAACACGGAGACAAGUUAUUGAAUUCUGCACAUUGUUAUUUGUCAACAACAGCAGGUCCUAUAGCAGGUCUCAUCUUUGUUUCCACCCAUGUAGUUGCUUUCUGCAGUGACAGACCAAUCAUCAUUUCUUCUCCACAUGGAGAAAUUGGCAAAAUAUUUUACAAAGUUAUGAUCCCCGUGAACAAAGUGAAGAGAGUUAACCAAAGAAACAAUGUAAACAAUCCAGCAAAGAAAUACAUUCAAGUGGUGACUGUGGAUGAUUUUGACUUCUGGUUUAUGGGUUUUUUGAAUCAUGAGAAAGCUUUUAAGUUCAUACAAAAUGGUGUCUCUGUGGAUUCAGAAGAUUGGCCUGAAGAGGCCCAAAGAAAGUGUUGUCCAGGAAAGUUCAAGACAUUGUAAAGGUUAUGACAACUCUUAACUCAUACCAGGGGAUCAGAUAUUUUUAACUCCGUUUAGUUUGAUCAUCUAUGAAGCACAAACACUUUAAUUGGGCUAGUGUGUCCAUGUCGGACACUUGGAUACUUCUGACACUUGGUGCACACUUAUUGGACGCUUGUAUAGAACACGCUUGAGUAGACUAAAUAAACAUUUAUGAGAAUAGUAAUAAUUUUUUAGUGUGAAAUACAUCAAGCUAAGUAUAUAAAUACAUAAAUUCAUUUGCUAUGAA